AUGAAUAAAAUGUUAGGUAUAUUUUCAAGAACAAAUACUCUGGGUUUUAAAGGAAGGAAAUUACGUUUUGCUGUUACAAUUACAGCAUGUCUGGCUUUUUCGCUUUUCGGAUACGACCAAGGUUUAAUGGGGUCUCUUAUUACUGGUACUCAAUUUAAUGAUGAAUUUCCAGCCACUAGAAAAAACGGAGAUGAUGACCAACAUGCAACUGUAAUUCAAGGUGCUGUUACCAGUUGUUUUGAGUUAGGUUGUUUUGCUGGUUCUUUGUGGGUCAUGUUUUUCGGAGAACGUGUGGGUAGAAAACCAUUAAUUACUUUUGGUACAUUUGUUGUCAUUAUUGGUGUUUUGAUAUCAGUAACUUCUUAUAGAGAACAUUGGGGAUUGGGUCAGUUUGUUAUCGGUAGGGUGACUACUGGUUUUGGAGUUGGGUUUUGCACAAGUCAAGUUCCUAUUUGGCAAAGUGAAAUGUCAAAGCCAGAAAAUAGAGGCUUGUUAGUUAAUUUAGAAGGCAGUACCAUUGCUGUAGGAACCAUGAUUGCUUAUUGGGUAACUUUUGGCCUAUCCUAUGUUGACAGUUCAGCACAAUGGCGUUUCCCUGUUUCUUUACAAAUUUUAUUUGCUUUGUUUGUCUUGUUUGGUAUUUUAAAUUUACCGGAAUCGCCUCGUUGGUUAAUGGCACACAAUCGUGAAAAUGCCGCUUUGGAGAUAUUAGGUAAAUUGGAUGAUUUACCAAUCGACGAUGAUCAGAUUAUUGCUGAAGCCUCUGUUAUCCAAGAUGCGGUUAAUAGAUUCAAACAUCAAAAGACAAGUGUUAAAGAUUUAUUUUCAAAAGGUAAGUCGCAAAAUCUGCAUAGAGCCCUAGUUGCAUCAUCUACACAAUUUUUCCAACAAUUUACUGGUUGUAAUGCUGCCAUCUAUUAUGCUACAGUUUUGUUUAAUGAGUCAAUUGGGUUAGAAAAAAGAUUAAGUAUGAUCUUGGGUGGUGUUUUUGCCACGAUUUAUGCGCUAUCUACAAUUCCAUCAUUUUUUUUAAUUGAAAGUUUAGGGAGAAGAAAACUAUUUUUAAUUGGGGCUUCAGGCCAAGCUAUUUCAUUUACUAUUACGUUUGCCUGUUUAAUCGACAAUAAUACAAACAACUCAAAGGGUGCUGCUGUUGGACUAUUUCUAUUCAUUGUCUUUUUUGGUAUGAGUAUGCUAUCUCUUCCAUGGAUUUAUCCACCUGAAAUUGCAUCCAUGAGAGUUAGGUCUAUGACUAAUGCCAUGUCUACCUGCACCAAUUGGUUAUGUAAUUUUGCUGUGGUUAUGUUUACCCCAAUUUUUAUUCAAAAUUCUGACUCUUGGGGUUGUUACCUAUUUUUCGCUAUUAUUAAUUAUCUUUACAUUCCUGUUAUUUUCUUUUUCUAUCCAGAAACCGCCGGCAGAUCGUUGGAAGAAAUCGAUAUUAUUUAUGCCAAAGCUUUUACCGAUGGUACUCAACCAUGGAGGGUUGCUGCUACAUUACCAAAAUUGUCAUUAACUGAAGUGGAAGAUUACGGUAACAGUCUAGGUUUGUAUGAUGAUGAUAAUGAUAAGGAGGAGGAAGAGGAAAAAGAAGAAGAUGGUGUUUCCAAUAAUGAACCUACUGGCGUUAACGGUUACAACUUAUUUGUACCGAACGAAGAAGCUGACGAAUCAAGUUAUAGCUCUACUUCUCGUGUAGAUUCUAUUAAUCAGGGAAAACAAGAUGAGAAAAUAAGUAACUCCAACAAUGCCACCUUUGAUGUCGAUGCUAGCAAAAAAUAA